UACAUAGUGUCACUGUCAAUUGUAUUACAGAAUCCGAUUGUGAAUUAUCGGGUCUUUUCCAAUUUAAUUACUGAAAUUACGUUUUUGAAGCCUAAAACAUGUUACACUUCAAAGUUUUGAUAAUUUAGUGUUGUUUGUUUUAAGACAAACGUGUUGGAACAUUCUUAAAAUCCAAGGGCAUCUUAGGUUGCCUCCACAACCAUAAAAAUGGCAAAAUCUCAAAUAAAUACGAAAUCUAGAAAUUAUGUUCAAGACAAAGAAGCAUUUUUGAAAGAACUUAAGCAGUUUAAUGAAAGCAAAAAUAUCCCUUAUAAAAUACCGGUUGUUAAUGGUGUAGAUAUAGAUUUGUAUCUCUUGUACUCAUUAGUUCAACAAAGAGGAGGUCUUAGCAAAGUUAAUCAAAAUGAUACCUGGGAGACAUUUUUGCGUCAGCUCCACUUGCCACAUCCAUGUGUUAAUGGGUCUACAUUAUUGAGGAGAAUAUAUGGAAUGUAUUUGGAGAAAUAUGAAAGAGCUAAAGGUCCACCAGGUAGAGAUGAUGACUUAGAUAUGGACGAUGACCCUCGUCGUGGCAGGGGCGGUGGAAUGCCACGCAUAUCAUUUGGUAGCGGCACUUAUAUAUCAGGCAAGAAUCGAUUACAAGGAUUUGUAAUAACAUAA